AUGAGGAGUGUCAUCUGGCCACUUAUGAUAGUGGCUCAAAUUGUGUUGGUGCUCGAUGGUGCUCAUGUUCCGGGCCCGGGUCCGGGACUUACGGUUUUCCCACGUCGUCGUUCCUCCUCAGACGGCUAUUCGUCGCAAAUGCAAUCACGUGCGGUCGAUACACGCAUCCAGCUCGAAGUUCUGGAAGGUGAUCCGCGCGGUACUGUUGUGGGAUACAUUCCCACCAAACCUGGCUUUACGUAUCGUUUCAAUGAGCCACCGCGAGAAUUCACGCUGGAUCCAAAUACCGGCGAAAUAAAGACAAAUGCCAUACUCGAUCGCGAAGGACUGCGUGAUCGAUAUGAUCUUGUCGUGCUAUCCAGUCAGCCAACGUAUCCUAUUGAGGUGCGCAUCACAGUGAUGGACAUCAAUGACAAUGCUCCAGAAUUCCCUGAGCCAAGCAUUGCAGUGUCUUUCUCCGAAAGUGCUGCUCCAGGAACCAGGCUCCUCCUGGAUGCUGCCACAGAUAGUGAUGUAGGGAUCAAUAGUGUUACAGAUGACUAUAGAAUUGUCGAUGGGAAUCACGAUGAUAAAUUCAGGCUGGCUGUGACAUCCAAUCCCAGUGGGGAUGUGUCAUAUUUGCACCUGGAGACCACAGGAAAGCUGGACAGGGAAACUCGUGGUUUUUACCAAUUGAAUGUGUCCGCAAGGGAUGGUGGCACCCCACCCAAGCAUGGAUACCUCCAGGUCAAUGUCACCAUUCUCGAUGUGAACGACAACCCGCCAAUUUUCGAUCACAGUGACUACAUUGUAUCGCUGAACGAGAGUGUACCACCUGGUACACCAGUUCUGCAGGUGAUGGCGUCCGAUUCGGAUUUGGGCGACAACAGCAAAAUUACAUACUACCUCGCCGAAACUGAAACACAGUUCACGGUGGAUCCGGAAACGGGUGUCAUCUCCACCACUGGGGUGCUGGAUCGGGAGGAAAUCGGCAAGUACAAUCUCACUGUUGUGGCCACAGAUCGAGGAACUCCAGCACGCACAGCCACUGCAUAUCUCAUCAUCCAUGUUAAUGACGUCAACGAUCAUGAGCCUGUCUUUGAGAAGUCUGAGUACUCUGCUGUACUCAGUGAAUUAGCUCCUCCAGGAACCUACGUGGCAAGUAUCACAGCCACAGAUGAGGAUACUGGCGUCAAUGCUCAAAUUUUCUAUGAUUUUGUGUCGGGAAAUAACAAACAGUGGUUCUUAAUUGACACAGUGUCCGGCUUGAUAACGACCCAAGCAGCUCUCGAUCGUGAAGUCCAGGGUACUGUUGAGCUGAGUAUUUCCGCGCGCGAUGGUGGACCCAAUCCGAAAUGGGCCUAUACUCAGCUCAAAGUGACCAUUCUCGAUGAGAAUGAUGAAGCACCCCAAUUCUCACAGGAGCAUAUCAAUGUCAGUCUCAGUGAAAAUACCCCUCCUCACACUUUGGUGGCCAUGCUAGCGGCCGCUGAUCACGAUCAAGGAACCAAUGGUAGUGUCACGUACUCCCUGCAUCCCAAUGUUCAGCAAAAAUAUCCAGAUGUUUUUGCUUUGGACGCUCUAACUGGACAAUUAACCACAAAAGUUCGGCUCGAUAGGGAAACAAUUUUUGAGUAUGAGGUCUACGUGAUCGCUCGUGAUCAGGGUAUUCCUCCACAAUCUUCUACAGCCACUGUGGUGCUGAAUGUUCAGGAUGUUAAUGACAAUAGUCCUGAAUUCUAUCCAAAGCACUAUUUUGUGUCACUGGCUGAGAAUAUGGCAAUUGGAGCAUCUGUACUGAAAGUCACUGCAACGGAUCGUGAUGAUGGAGAUAAUGCCCUCAUCACGUACAAUUUGGAAAGUGGUGGAGAUGGACUUUUUAUCGUGGACAAUUGGACAGGAAUUGUGAGUCUCAGAGGAAGUCUUAGGACAUCCCAAAAACCGUUGCAUAAGCUCGUGAUCUCAUCCAAAGAUCGCGGUGAUCGUCGAUCUGACAAAGAUGCCAUUGUGGAGAUUAUCAAAGAAUCAAAGCUUGAAGAAUUGGAAUUUGACUCUUAUGGUGGAUAUGAAUUUCAAAUCUAUGAAGAUCACGGGAAUGAAAAGGCUCAUAUUGGCCGUGAAGUGGGCCGUGUGCAAAUCCGCACGACAGCGUCCACAGCAACGCCCAUUGAGUACUCAAUUGUGUUUGGUGACCCCGUGGGUAACUUCAAGAUCGACGAUAGGUCCGGUGUCAUCAGCACUGCUACAAAAAUUGACCGCGAAGUCACGAUUAUGUACUCACUGACCGUCGUGGCGAGGAGUGGCCUAGCCUAUGGCAAAACCACUGUGAACAUCUCAAUUCUCGAUUUAAAUGACAAUGAGCCAAUUUUCUCACGGGAUCGUGAUGAAAUACGACUGGCGGAGAAUGCAGCUGUCGGCCAGGAAGUAUAUCUUUCACGGGCUCGCGAUAGAGAUUCUGGGAUCAAUAGCCGUGUCACUUACAGUUUAUCCUACAAUCCUGAAGAUCAAUUUCGCAUUUCCGAGGCCACGGGUGUUCUCUAUCUCAAUCGACCGAUAAGGGCUGAACCUGGGACUGUGCUGCACAUUGAAGUGACAGCUGUGGAUGGUGGUGAUCCUCCACUAUCAUCCCGGAACACUGUAAUGAUUACAAUAGAGGAUGUUAAUGAUCACACGCCAGUAUUUGAUCAUACAUCCUAUGAGACAUCACUGUUUGAGUCCAUGCCCGUGAAUGCGAGAUUCUUUGCUCUGGCUGCUUCUGAUGCUGAUCUCGAUGCCAAUGGAAGGAUAUCAUAUGAAAUUAUUGAGGGUAAUAGUGAGGGGAAGUUUGGGAUCUUCCCUGAUGGGUAUCUGUACGUGAAACACCCAUUGGACCGUGAGAAACGUGACUACUACUCACUCACCGUGGCUUGCAGUGAUCACGGCAAUCCAUCGAGGAGUUCUGUGGUUCCCGUGAUCAUUCACGUAAUCGAUGAAAAUGAUAAUAGCCCUCAAUUUACAAAUUCCACCUUUACCUUCCACAUUGCUGAGAACGAACCCGCAGAUUCUUUCGUGGGGAAAUUGACUGCAAUUGAUCGGGAUAUUGGAAGAAAUGCUGAAUUAAUUUACACCCUCUCCAACACUCAGAAUGACUUUGUCGUAGAUCCCCGUAAUGGAUUUAUCAAGACCCUUCACGAAUUCGAUCGUGAGUCCCUGGUACAGAAUACUGGACACAAUUUAAUUACUUUAGAAGCGACAGUGAGUGAUAAUGGUGUUGUGCGCCUGAAGGAUAAGGUUAAAGUUAAAAUCUUCAUUACUGAUGUAAAUGACAAUGCUCCCCAAUUCGUACGGGCUCCGUACAAAGUGCAGAUCUCUGAGGGAUCUCAGGUUGGUACUCAGGUGAUUCGUGUGUAUACCACAGACUACGAUGAGGGUCUCAAUGGGGAUGUUUUUUAUUACAUUGCUGAGGGUAAUAGUGAGGGGCAUUUUGCCAUUGAUGAUGCCACUGGUCAAGUCUCCGUGGCCAGGAGGUUGGAUCGUGAAACGACAGUUGCAUACAAAUUGACUAUUGUGGCUCACGAUGCGGCAGUUCAUGGACGUCUCAGUACUUCCACUACUAUCACAGUGGACGUUCUAGAUGAAAAUGAUGAUGCUCCGACAUUUGUCCAUCCCGACGCCCAUAGUCAGAUCUCAAUCAAUGAAACUACCCCUGUUGGGAGGGAAUUGAUGCGUUUUAAAGCCACGGAUGGGGAUCUUGGGGUGAAUAGUCAGAUAACAUUUUCAAUAACGGCGGGAAAUCGUAGGGACACCUUCCACAUUGAUCCCGUUAGUGGAUUGUUAUUCCUGCAUAAGCCACUGGAUUAUGAGGAUACCACGUCCUAUGUCCUCAAUGUUACAGCAGCAGAUGGAGGGAAUCCUAGACUCUCCACAACAAUCUUAUUCACAGUUAAUGUGAUUGAUUCGAAUGACAAUCCACCCUCUUUCCCAAAUACUGCAAUUGUGCGUCAGAUACGGGAGGGAAUCCCAAUUAACACCCCUAUUGUGACGAUUACAGCUGAAGAUCCGGAUUCUGGGGCCAAUGGAAAGGUCACAUAUGCCAUUUCUAAUCAAGAUCCCGAAAAUGGACAGAGGCACUUUGGUAUCAAUGCCAAUACAGGAGUUAUUCAUACAUUAAGAUCCAUUGAUAGGGAAACCAUUGACACCUUUAGGCUCACCGUGGUGGCCACGGAUCAGGCUGAGAUUGCCAGUCAGCGGCUAUCAGCGGAGAAAUUGGUGACAGUGAUAGUUGAGGAUGUGAAUGACAAUGCUCCGGUGUUUGUGUCAAUGAAUGCAGCAGUGUUACCUCUGAAAGACAUUCGUGUAUCACCGGGACGCGAUGGUGCUGUAAUAAUGCACGUGAAUGCCAGAGAUGCUGACUCAAGUACAAAUGGACUUGUCACAUAUGAAAUGGUGAGCGGAAAUACGGACCUAUUCAAAUUGCACAGGAGUACAGGUGCCAUUUCGCUGCGGAAGCAAAUAACAAGUCCAGAGACGCGAUAUCAAUUGGCCGUUAAGGCGACAGAUGAAGCUGUGCAGAGUGAACGUAAGAGUAGCGAUGCCUAUGUGACAAUAAUCGCGAGUGGUGGCAUGAACAAUGGGCCAGUGUUUGACAAUCGCGACUUUUUCGGUAGUGUCUUUGAGAAUGAGCCGCCGGGUACGAGUAUUCUCACUGUUGUGGCGCGUCUUGACUCAUCUGUGUCCAGUGAAAUUGAAUACUAUGUGACUAAUGUGACUGGGGAUGGCAGACAAAUGGAUCGUUUGUUUGACAUCGACACCAAACUCGGAAUACUCUCCACGGCCGCUGAACUCGAUCGUGAAUCAGGGGUGGAUACAUACGAGGUGGAGGUUUAUGCCAUCAGCAUUGGUGGUAUGCCCAGAACGUCCAGUACAAAGGUCAGUCUCAGAUCUCUUUAAUAUAUUUUUUUGCGCGCCCCCCUUUUUCAUUUUCUAAUAUCGUUCAUCAUCACAAAUGAUCACAUGAUAAUCUCUAGAGAUCGUGCACCAUAAAACUCCAUUGGAAAUAUCUCGUCUUUUUUUUCUUGCUCUACCUCCUGUCUAUUUCACUUUGUUAGCCAAAGAGAGCCCCAAAGAGGUAUUGUGGAAGAAGGAAACUCAAAUGAUCGCACAAGAUCAUAAGAGGAAUUACUGCAACUGAUCGAAAAGCGAUCGUGAGGAAAAAUCCAUCUCGAUGAAUUGCUUGAAAUUCCACGACAAAAUUCUUUGUCAUAUUUUUUUGCUUCUAUUAUUCUAUAAAGACUUUUUUUCACAAACUGAUCUUUCGCCUAAGAGAUUAUAAACAGAUCUCUCACUGACAAAAAAAAGAAGAUCAUACGCCAUCACACGAUCGUGAAGAGAGAUCAUUAGGAUUUUCACUGGAGAUUACAAAGCAUCGCAAAUUAUCGCAAAUGAUUACCGAUCACACAUGAUCUGAUCGGUGAUCGUGCACAAGAGAAAAAAAACACGACCCAUCCACAAGGAAUUCAGCAAGACUUUUUUUUUAAAGUCCGAUUCCGUGGCAAAUUGAUCAUUUUGUGUGUGAUUCACCAAAGAGUUGCCGGAAAUUUCUCAAAAGAUCUCUUUCCAAUUUUUUGAGAGGGAGGUUGGCACGCGAGACACGGGUGUGCUGAAGAAUGCCAUAUCGUGCAAUAAAUUAUAGCUGUUGGGGAGCAAAAGACAAAAAUUAUGAAUAAUCUCUGAUGAAAUCAAGCUAAUAAAGCGCGACAUCCAUGUAAUUGUAACCUUUUUUGCGUUUAUGAUGGGACUUUUUUUUAUUGCAGCGGCUUUUACUGGGGUCACAGAUAUUGCAAUUGAAACAGAUUGUAAUGCUUUUCAAUUUUAUGCAUCUUUAUUCCUUUUGAUUAUUUAAAGAUUAGGUCAUGUCGAAUUUGAAAAAAAUACACAUAAACAUCGUUCAUAUCACAAAAAAAAAA